UCAAUUUAGAAAACACAGAAACUGUGCUGUCCGUUUCACUUUAUUUCUACAGGUAUGUAAUAGCACGUUUAAACGGUCUAAUAUCGAAAGAACGUAAUAACAUGUUAGAUAACACACCCGUCAAGGUAUUAUCUCGUUUGGGAAAGGUUUUGUGCCAAACCGAGUGAGUGAAGAACGUGCAAAAACAAUAUUUUACAAGCGCACGAUGCGGAGUCCACCACACGUUCACAUGUGAGGCUUUGCAGAUUAAGUCUGAGGCCGGUAACAUCAACAGUGAAGACAUACCCAGCCUGCCUCUCCUUCCACACUGAGUCCAAACCUACAGUCACUGGGUCCUGAUUGUGACAGUGGAGCCCAGUUUGCACUGCAGGAUCCAGAGAUGGCAUCAGUAAAGCUGGAAGACUGCAGUCAAACACUGGAGCUGAAUGUUAACAUUAAAGAUGAAGGAGAGGAGGAGAAGAUUGGGACAUCUGUUUCUCAUGGUACGAGGCCGGUAACAUCAACAGUGAGGACAAACCCAGCCUGCCUCUCUCCUUCCACACUGAGUCCAAUCCUACAGUCACUGGGUCCUGAUUGUGACAGUGGAGCCCAGUUUGCACUGCAGGAUCCAGAGAUGGCAUCAGUGAAGCUGGAAGACUGCAGUCAAACACUGGAGCUGAAUGUCAACAUUAAAGAUGAAGAAGAGGAGGAGAAGAUUAAGAAAUCUGUUAGUCAUGGACGACUGGAAUUAAGUCUGAGGCCUGUAACAUCAACAGUGACGACAAACCCAGCCUGCCUCUCUCCUUCCACACUGAGUCCAAACCUACAGUCACUGGGUCCUGAUUGUGACAGUGGAGCCCAGUUUGCACUGCAGGAUCUAGAGAUGGCAUCAGUGAAGCUGGAAGACUGCAGUCAAACACUGGAGCUGAAUGUCAACAUUAAAGAUGAAGAAGAGGAGGAGAAGAUUGGGACAUCUGUUUCUCAUGGACGACUAGAAUUAAGUCUGAGGCCGGUAACAUCAACAGUGAGGACAAACCCAGCCUGCCUCUCUCAUUUCACACUGAGUCCAAACCUACAGUCACUGGGUCCUGAUUGUUACAGUGGAGCCCAGUUUGCACUGCAGGAUCCAGAGAUGGCAUCAGUGAAGCUGGAAGACUGCAGUCAAACACUGGAGCUGAAUGUCAACAUUAAAGAUGAAGAAGAGGAGGAGAAGAUUGGGAAAUCUGUUUCUCAUGGUAUGAGGCCGGUAACAUCAACAAUGAGGACAAACCCAGCCUGCCUCUCUCCUUCCACACUGAGUCCAAACCUACAGUCACUGGGUCCUGAUUGUGAAAGUGGAGCCCAGUUUGCACUGCAGGAUCCAGAGAUGGCAUCAGUGAAGCUGGAAGACUGCAGUCAAACACUGGAGAUGAAUGUCAACAUUAAAGAUGAAGAAGAGGAGGAGAAGAUUGGGAAAUCUGUUUCUCAUGGUAUGAGGCCGGUAACAUCAACAGUGAGGACAAACCCAGCCUGCCUCUCUCCUUCCACACUGAGUCCAAACCUACAGUCACUGGGUCCUGAUAAUGACAGUGGAGGCCAGUUUGCACUGCAGGAUCCAGAGAUGGCAUCAGUGAAGCUGGAAGACUGCAGUCAAACACUGGAGCUGAAUGUCAACAUGAAAGAUGAAGAAGAGGAGGAGAAGAUUGGGAAAUCUGUUAGUCAUGGACAACUAGAAGUAAGUCUGAGGCCGGUAACAUCAAUAGUGAGGACAAACCCAGCCUGCCUCUCUCGUUCUACACUAUGUCCAAACCUACAUUCACUGGGUCCUGAUUGUGACAUUGGAGCCCAGUUUGCACUGCAGGAUCCAGAGAUGGCAUCAGUGAAGCUGGAAGACUGCAGUCAAACACUGGAGCUGAAUGUCAACAUUAAAGAUGAAGAAGAGGAGGAGAAGAUUGGGAAACCUGUUUCUAAUGGAGACCGUGUUGAGACAUCCUCUACAUCCAGAGAUCAACAACAGGAAGAUCACAGAGCUAAGAGGUCUCACCACUGCCCACAUUGUGAGGAGAUUUUCCCAAUUCUAUCAAAGCUAAAAGUACACCUAAAAGUACACACAGGAGAGAAUCGGUAUUCCUAUACGGACGGUGGGAAGAAUUUCACAACAUCCAAGGCUCUGACAGUUCAUCAGAGAGUGCACACAGGAGAGAAGCUGUUCUCCUGCUCUGACUGUGUAAAAUGCUUCACAACAUCAACUAGGCUAAAAGUUCAUCAGAGAACACACACAGGAGAGAAGCCUUACUCCUGCUCUAACUGUGCGGCGAGUUUCUCCCUACUGCGCAACUUAAAACGACAUGAACGUAUACACACAGGAGAGAAGCUUUACUCCUGCUCUGACUGUGCGGCGCGUUUCUCUCUACUGUGCAACUUAAAACGACAUGAACGUAUACACACAGGAGAGAAGCCUUACUCCUGCUCUGACUGUGGAAAGAGUUUCUCUCUACUGGGCCACUUAAAAAGACACCAACAUAUACAUACGGGAGAGAAGCCUUACUCCUGCUCUGACUGUGGAAAGCGUUUCUCUCGACUGGGCCACUUAAAAACACAUAAACAUAUACAUACAGGAGAGAAGCCUUACUCCUGCUCUGACUGUGUAAAAUGCUUCACAACAUCAACUGAGCUAAAAGUUCAUCAAAGAACACACACAGGAGAGAAGCCUUACUCCUGUUCUGAUUGUGUAAAAUGCUUCACAACAUCAACUAGGCUAAAAGUCCAUCAGAGAACACACACAGGAGAGAAGCCUUACAUCUGCUCUGACUGUGCUGCGAGUUUCUCUGUACUGUGCCACUUAAAACGACAUGAAACUAUACACACAGGAGAGAAGCCUUACUCCUGCUCUGACUGUGCGGCGAGUUUCUCUCUACUGUGCAACUUAAAACGACAUGAACGUAUACACACAGGAGAGAAGCCUUAUCACUGCACUGACUGUGAGAAGAGAUUCUACAGAUUGGGCCAUUUAAAAAGACACCAAUGUAUACAUAAAGGAGAGACGUUUUCUCAGACCAGCUAAGAUUAGACACUCCACUUAAUUCUCAUGUCGUUAAAUAAUUGGCAACGUUGAAUUGAAUCAAAUGAAUAAAGCAUAGAACACUCCAUUGUUAUCCUAUUGUUUCUCACUGUGCAGAGGAAAGGGAGCGUUAUAGAAUGUUAGCCUCUCUUACUGAUCAGUGUACACCUUGUCAGUUUUGGUGAGUGUUGUUAGCUUCUACUGUAAAGAUAUUGAGAUGACCUUGGAUUUGCCCUUGGGGUUGAAUAUCCUCUGUGACACGUCUCACAGUGGAUUCUGAUGGUUGACUGGGUGGUACUGCUUCCCUCUGCAGUUUUCUGUGGGAAUGAGCUGGUAGACACAACAUACUCUGAGUGUACAAAACAUUAAGGACACCUGUUCUUUCCAUGACAUAGACUGACCAGCUGAACCCAGGUGAAAGCUCUGAUCCUUAAUGAUGUAUUUUUUGUGUAUUUAUUAUGAUCCUCAUUACCUUUCAACAAAACAAAAACUGCGGUUGCAGUGGGCUAAGGAAUGAAAACACUGGACACUGGAUAAUUGGGAACAUAUUGCCUGGUCUGAUGAAUCCCAGUUCCUGCUGUUUCACACUGAUGUGAGGACUAGGGUAUGGAGGAAACCACGAGUACAUGCAUCCAGUGGUGGAAAAAUUACCUGUCAUACUUAAGUAAAAGUAAUGAUACCUUAAUAGAACAUUUCUCAAGUAAAGUGAGUCACCCAUUAAAAUACUACUUGAGAAAUAUUUGGUUGUAAAUAUACUUAUGUAUCAAAAGUAAAAGUAUUACUAAUUUCAAAUUCCUUAAAUUAAGCAAACCAGACGGCACAAUUGUCUUCAAAAAAAUAUAUAUUACAGAUAGCCAGGGGCACACUCCAACACUCGGACAUCAUUUACAACCGAAGCAUUUGUGUUUAGUGAGUCCGCCAGAUCAGAGGCAUUAGGGAUGACCAGGGAUGUUAUCUUGAGAAGUGUGUGAAUUGGACCACUUUCUGUCCUGCUAAUCAUAAAAAAUGUAAGGAGUUCUUUUGGGUUUCAGGGAAAAUGUAUGGAGUAAAAAAUAUUUUCUUUUCUUUAGGAAUAUAGUGAAAUAAAAGUUGUCAACAAUAUAAAGUACAGAUACUACUAAAGUAGUUUAAAUAAUUUUUACUUCAGAUCUUUACACCACUGUAUGCAUCCAUGCCGUGUGUCAGCAUUGCAGGCUGGUGGUGUGAUGGCUGGGGUGUGUUUUCAGGGCCCACAUUGGGCCCCUUGAUAAAAGAUGAACAAUGUUUGAAUGCUACAGGAUGUCUAAAGAAUCAUUGCCAAUCAGGUGUAUCCCUUCACGGCAGCAGUGUAUCCAUCUGCAAAUAGAUUUUUUCAGCAGCAUUAUGCCCCGUUCCACAAGGCUUGUCCAGGAAUGGUUCCAAGAACAUGACAGUGAAUUCAUCUUACUGCGGUGGUCUGCCGAGUCACCAGAUCUCAAUCCAAUUGUGCAUCUGUGGGAGGAGAUGGAACGAGCUAUUCGGAGUAGAGAUCCACUCCCAGCCAACUUGACACAAUUGGAAGCAUUGGGCCAGCAUCCCUGUGGAACACUCAACACCUUGGACAGUCUAGGCACCGAUGAAUUGAGGCUCUUCUGAGGAUAAAGGGGGGAUGCAACUCAAUAUUAGGAAGGUGUUCCUAAUGUUUUGUACACAGUGUAUAUCAGAUAAAGAUGGUGGUGUGAUGAAUGUCUUUGAAUAAGUGUAUUGAAGUUAAUUGAUCUGGUGGCAGGUAGCCUAGUGGUUAAGAGUGUUGGGCCAGUAACUGAAAGGUUGCUGGUUUGAAUCCCGAGCCGACUAGGUGAAAAAUCUGUCAGUGUGCCCUUGAGCAACGCAAUUAACCCUUACUUGUCUUGUAAAUCGCUCUGGAUAACAACAUCUGCUAAAUGACAAGAAUGUAAUGAAAAAUAAUGUUUGUACAUUUUUUUUCUCUUGUGUAUAAUUAAAUGAAAUAAACUGUU